UUCUCCCUCCGUUAUUACUACUACUACUCCUGCUCAACACAGAGAGAGAAACAAACAAAACCCUAGGGUACGCCAUGCCGGAAGCAAGAGAUCGUCGUUCCACUGCCGUCGACAUCGCCGCUCUAUUUGCACGCCGGCGAGCUUUACUCCACGGCGUACUCUUGGACGACGAACUUGACUCCAGCGUCUUCGGAUCCGCUCGGAGGCAACCGGUAACGACUACAACCGGGUCGGGUCUUGCUCGUGGAGGGUUCAGAACACCAAGAACCGGUGCGGUUGGGGGGCCUGCUGGUGCAGAGAACAAUAGCCCGUCGAGAAGUGGUGGACGGCGAGUAGUGGGAAGGGGUCGUGGUCGUGGUCGCGGUAGUUCUUCCCGGAGCGUGCUACCUUCUUGGUACCCUAGAACCCCUCUUAGGGACAUUUCUUCUGUUGUGCGCGCAAUUGAAAGGAGGAGAGCUCGGUUGGGAGAAAUCGAUGGCCAGCAAACUGGGAAUCCAUUUCCGGCGGAUCAGCUGUUUCCUGAUCCUUCUGUGUCCUCAGAUAAUGCUCAACUCUCUGAGAUCACCCCAAAGCCGGCAUCAGGUGUUAAGCUCCGAACACCCAGCGGCAAGGUUCCGAAAAUUCUGCUUGACAUUGCCAAUCAGACCGAAGGGGAGCAGUCAGAGUUAACUCCACAGAUGAAGCUGCUCAAUUCAAUUGAUAGUGUUGAGAAAGUGGUGAAGGAGGAGCUACAGAGACUUAAGAGAACACCAAGCGCCAAGAAAGCCGAAAGAGAAAAACGAGUUCGUACAUUGAUGUCCAUGAGGUGAUCAUUUUCAGACUCAGUUAGUAGAUAUUCAUAUCGAUUCCAAACAGAGAUCAAUUUGGAUUUGACACACACAUAAGCAGGAGGAGAGGGAAGAACUUUUGUUGCAAAAUCAUCGUCUGAUGAUAUUUUACACCCAGCUGAUUCAGCAGAUAUUUUCUCAUUCCCAGUUUGCUUCAUUCAUAUCUUCAAACUCCAAAUUGAAGGUGAUAAGAUUGAUGGUAAUUUUUUGCUACAAUUCUUGUUCUAACAUCUUAGUAGGCUUGCACUCUUGUUCUUUCCAUCAUCCUUUGAUGGUUUUGGAUAGGUAUUGUAGGGUCAGGGAAUAUUUCAGUCCCUUGUAUAUAAUUUUCGUUUUUCAUUUUGCGUCCAAGUACUUUUGGAGUUUACUUUUGUACCAUUACUUACAAUGUGUGACAAUAAUAUUUCCUCAGAU